AUGGCCACUCCAGAACACAUCCAAACCCUGCUGGCAGACAUCAACCGCGCUGCUGAAACCUAUACACCGUCCGCAGGUGGAGAGCGCUGGUCUACUUCCUCCUCGCGACACAAACUCCUGACUGCGGCAAGGAAACUGGUCGCUGCCCUCGAAGACUCCGAGGAAGAGGUCUGGCGGUUCGUCUUGCAGCCAGGAGCACAUGCCUGUGCCAUCGCUGCGUGGCAAUGCCGUCUGCUGGCUCCAUGGCCCAAGGAAAGGAUGACUGUCGCUGAGCUGGCAGGACAUGCGAAUAUGGACGCAAUUCUCGCGAACCGCAUCAUGCGCGCCCUCCAGCAUUACGGCAUCUUCGCAGAGGUGGAAGAGGAAGUCUACGAGCACAACGCCCUGUCGACCCGGCUGUCAACGCCGCCAUUCAACCAGAGCGCCAUGCCAAUGGCCGUCCGGAUUCGCGAAAUCGCCAAACUGCCCGAGUAUCUCGCGCACAUCGCCUACCGCAACCCAGGCGCGGACCCGACGCAGCCCUCGCUGUUCCAAUGGGCCAACAACACCGACGUCGAGUUCUUCCACUGGAUGCAGACGCAGUCCGAUCUGCUGGCCAAAUUCAACGCCUCGAUGGCCAAGUCCAUCGACACGGAGCGCGCCGCUGGCGAUGGCAAGAGCGUGCUCGAUAUCUACCCUUUUGAGCAGGUCCUGGCGGACGCAGCGCCGGAGGAGACUCUGGUCGUCGAUGUCGGCGGUGGAUAUGGUCAUCUGCUCCGAGAGAUGCGCUCGCAGUGGCCCCAGCUGAAGGGGAAGAUGGUUCUGGAGGACCUGCCCGAGACGGUCAAGGGGGCUGUGGUGACGGAGAAUGUCGAGAUCCGGCCGUAUGAUUUCUUCAAGGAGGAGCAGCCUGUAAAGGGUGCCCGCCUAUACAUCCUCCGCCACGUCCUCCACGACUGGCCUGACCACGCCUGUCGAACGAUCCUCAAAAACACCAUCCCGGCCCUCGUCCAGGGGCGAUCGAAGAUCCUGAUCGUCGAGAUCGUCCUCCCGCCUACCAACGCCUCCGUCUGGGGCUCCCUCAUGGACAUCAACAUGAUGAAGUACGGCGGUAUGGGCCGCAAGGAGCGCCAGUGGCGCGAGCUGCUCGCGUCGGUUGGUCUGGAGAUUGUCAAGAUCUGGCCGCCGGUGACGAAUGAUAGUGUGAUGGAGGUUGUUCCAAAGGAGUGGCUGUGA